AUGAUUUGCCAUAAAAAAUAUCUAAUUUUUAAAGAGUCCUACACUAUAGAAUUGCAUUCCAAUAAAGUUGUCUUAUAAAAUGUAUUGAAUAAUUAAAUUUUAAGAUUAAAAGUUCAAAUAUUCAUAUAAUAAAAUUACAAGAAAGGUCAGUAGUGGAUUGGAAACUAGAUAAAAAGAAUUUUAGAGUUAUUGCCUUUGGUAUUUAGAUUGAUAAUAAAUGGGAAUACUUCUAUAUGAAUCAAUAAAAUCUAACUCUACUUAAACAAUUUCUUGAUGGAAAAGUUUAAUAUCAAAGUAUUUUUUAAUUUUAUAAAAUAAUGGGUGUUCUAGGCAAAGGAGCAUUUGGAACAGUAUAAUAAAUUAUAUAAAUUAGGUUUUCAAAUGUUAAAAUAAAUCUAAUGGAAAUUUGGUUGCUUGCAAAUCAAUUAAGAAGUGUAGUCAAUAUCAUGAUAAAGUAUGAUAAUUUUUUAUAAUUAAGGACUUUUUUAAUGAAGUUUUCUGUAUGUAAAAUCUUAAACAUCCAAAUCUAAUCUAAAUUAAAGAAUUUUAUAUUGAAUAAAAACACUUUUAUAUUUUAAUGGAAUUUGUUGAAGGAGACACAUUAAAAUAAAUUAUAAAAAAUAAUUUAUUGGAUGAGAGAGAAAAAUUAAUUAUUGUUAAAGUAUAAUUUGAAUAAAUUAGUAACUAUUAUCACUGAUUAAUUAUUUUCAUUCAGAAGGAUUUAUGUAUAGAGAUUUUAAACCAUAAAAUGUCCUCUUAUUUGAAAAUAAUAUUGAAAAAUUAAAAUUGAUAGAUUUAGGACUUACAAUUUAAAUAAAUAAUAUAGUUUAAAGUGAAAACUAAUUAUGUGGUACACCUGGAUAUAUAGCUCCUGAAAUCUUUUAAAAAAACUAUGUAUACGAUUUUAAAUCUGAUAUAUUUAGUUUAGGAGUUGUGAUUUAUGAAUUGUAAAUAUUUUUAAUUAUAUAAAUAGAUUUUCUGGAGAAUAUUUAAUAUAAAAUCUAGAUCAUGAAGAAUUACUAAAUAUGAAUAAGAGAUUUUAAUUUAAUAAAGAGAUACUUUCAAUAACUAAGAAUUAAACAAUCUAGAAAUUAUUAUAAGGAAUGUUAUAAGAAGAUCCUUCUAUGAGAAUUAACAGUAGAGAAGCUAUGGAUAUAAUUAAAUAAAUUAAUUUCAAUUUUGAUGAAUUAUUGACUACUAAUACAGAUUGA